AUGCAUCAGUACAAGCUCAGACCAACCAGCAAUACAACAGUGGAAAACCAGACUAGCACCUCUGAUUUCCUUCUUCUGGCCUUUUCCAGUCACCAAGAGAUCCUGUUACCUCUAUUUCUGGCUCUGUACCUGGCAGCCCUCCUGGGAAACCUGCUGAUUCUUGUUGCCAUUGGAUCAGACUCACAUCUCCAUACACCUAUGUACUUGCUUCUGGUGAAUCUGUCCCUGGCAGACUUAUUCUUCAUCUCUACCACAGUGCCACGACUUCUCCAUGCCCUUCUGACAGGGGACAGGACUAUCACCCAUUCAGGCUGUUUCACCCAAGUCUUCUUCUUCCACAUGUCAGGGAAUGUGGAUAGCUAUGUGUUAGCUGCCAUGGCAUGGGAUCGAUACGUGGCUAUAUGCCGACCACUUCACUAUGCUACUAUAGUAACCCUACCACGAUGUGGCAUGCUCCUGGGGUCUGUGUGGGUGGGAACAGCCUUGCACUCUCUGUUUAACACAUUGCUCAUUGCUCGAUUGUCCUUCUGUAGCAACCAUGCCCUUCCACACUUCUACUGUGAUGUCUAUCCCUUGCUGCAUCUUGCCUGUUCUGAUACCUCCCUCAACUACCUAGUUAUCCUAAUUGAAGGAGGGCCCAUCAUCCUAUUACCUGCUGUCUGCAUUGUCACUUCCUAUGCCUUCAUUGGCUCUGCUGUGUAUAAAGUCCGAGCAACUGGGGGUGUGCGCAAAGCACUUGCCACAUGUGGGUCCCAUCUAUGUGUGGUUGGGCUAUUCUAUGGGACUCUAGUGGGUGUUUAUUUGCAGCCCCCAAGCCAGACAGAUACACAGGGGAGAGAUGAAGACCUGGUGGCCACAGUCAUGUUCUCUGUGGUGGCUCCAACACUAAACCCUUACAUUUAUAGCCUGCAAAAUCGAGAAAUCAAAGCAUCAUUGUUACAGUUAUUCAUAGUGAAAAGGAACUAG